ACAUUGUCAAGCUGCUAUGUAUAUUUUUAUUGCUAAUGUAUAUAGCAAAUGACUGGAUAAUUAUCAACAGAACUAAAGGAAAUUUUUUUUUCCACGUUUAUCCGUAAUGUGUCAAAUCCCGCCAUAACUUCCGCUUCAUUUUGAGUGAGUCACAUUGCGUUGUUCUAGUCAAAAUAGUUACUUCAUCGUUCAUUUCUUAAGUUCAGUGAGAAACAAUUGAAUUUUUUGACAAAAUAAAAAUAACAUAACUGUCAUAGUAAGAAGCGUUUUCAAAAAGAGGGAGAAUUUAAUAAUUAUAUCGAAAUCGUAUAGAUAUUUGCUAAUAAAGUUAGAUGAAUGAAGCAUCCUUUCAGGUAUAUGCGUGAACGGUUCCCGCGCACUGCAUGUUAGUAGUAAAUAUCUAUGGUUCCUAGGCAGAGCCGCCAUGAUGGCUUUCAGGGAAGCACGCUCAACAAGGAAAGUUUCAAAGUUGUUUUUUAGUAUUUGUGACUGAGUGAGUGCAAACAAAAACAAUGGGAACAAUCUAGGGAAGACAAGGAUUCGAUUUGUGCCCGUCUCGGACGGUCCGAGACGAUAAAUAUUCGUUUUAAGCAGUUUUUUAUGUUGGCCUUGUCGAGUAUUUUGUGCUGUCAACAAAUAUGUCGAAGCUCUCGUUUAGGGCGAGAGCCCUGGAUGCUAGCAAGCCCAUGCCAAUUUAUAUGGCUGAGGAACUCCCGGAUCUCCCUGAUUAUUCAGCAAUUAACCGGGCAGUUCCUCAAAUGCCAUCUGGAAUGGAAAAAGAGGAGGAAUGUGAGCACCACCUUCAAAGGGCUAUUUGUGCUGGUCUCAUCAUUCCUACACCAGAGGUUUCAGACAUACCACAAAAUGACUUCUAUGAUAAGGUGUACCCUUCUACAUACAAGCAGCCUCGACAGCUUAUUUAUAUGCAACCGUUUACAAUGGAACAUGAUAUUCCGGAUUAUGACAUGGACUCAGAUGAUGAAAUAUGGCUGCAAUCUCAAACCCAACGGUUAGAUCUAACUCCCUUGAAAUUCGAAGAAAUGAUGGAUAGACUGGAGAAGAGUAGUGGUCAGACAGUGGUUACUUUGAAUGAGGCAAAGGCGCUGUUGAAAGAAGACGAUGAUCUCAUAAUAGCAGUAUUUGACUACUGGUUGAAUAAACGAUUAAAAACGCAACAUCCCCUAAUUCUGUCCGUUAAAACUGAACAAAGGGCUGGUACAGCCGCCAACAAUCCAUAUCUGGCGUUUAGGAGAAGGACUGAAAAAAUGCAGACAAGGAAGAAUAGGAAAAAUGAUGAAGUUUCAUAUGAAAAGAUGCUGAAAUUGAAGAGGGAUUUCUGUAGGGCCGUAACACUUUUGGAACUGAUCAAAAGAAGAGAAAAAAUGAAAAGGGAAAAUGUACAUCUUACUGUGGAAAUUUUUGAGAAGAGAUAUCAUGCGAGGGACUUCAGCGGUACCAUUUUCAACGAGGUUUCUUCUAUCAAAACUUCGUCAAGGCCUGCUUUCACACCUAUUUUCCAUAAUCAUUACACUAAUCAGUCUUGGACCAGCAAAACAAUUCUGAAAGAUGAGGGAAUACCACGAAAGGAGAAGAGGCAAUAUAAGAAGCGUAAACACAAAGCAAGCCAUAAUAAAACUGGUGGUCUUGGGCAAGAUGUAGAAAUGGCUGCUGGAUCUUCUGAUGAAGAGCUUGGUGCUCCGGCUGCAUCUCCCGAACCUGAAGAUACAGAGGAUGAGGGACAGUUUGCUUUCAGGAGAAACAAACUAUGCUCUUAUCAUAUGCCUCUACCUCAGUUAGGAAACUGGCCCUGGUGUUCAAAAGAAGAAAAUGGCUCUGCAUUUAGGAAAUUCCGUUACAAUCUCACAUCUGUAACAGACAGACUGCACCAAAGGAGAAGAUGUAUAGGAUUUGCUAGGCGAAGAGUUGGAAGGGGAGGUCGAAUAAUCUUAGAUCGUGCUUCCACAACAGAAGAUGACGAAUUUUGGAGGACCCUAGAUUUCACGAUAUUAGAGAACGAGCAACCCAACGUAAUCAACGUAACCGAGGGCAAAGACAUGUUAACAAACAAUGAAGUUAGUGUUAAACCGGAUAAUUCGAGUACCGGUAAUGUGCAAAUCUUACAGACCGAAGUUAAGAAUGAAAUUGGUGAUAACGUACGAAUAAGUAACGGUAGUAGUGUAAGUGAGAUGAGAACGGAAGUAAAAGUUGAACCGAUGGAUUACUCCGAAAGUGACGUUCAGCAGUUGAAUGCUCCUCUCAACGUUGAGCCUCCACCUACCUAUGCGAAAGAGGAAGAACAACAAAUGUUGGAGUUCCUUCAAAGCGUGAGAAAGGAAUGGCUACAUUUUCGGCCAAAAACACCUCCCCCAGAACAGGAGCCUGUUUGUAAUCUGCAACCGCUGGAAGAAUCCUAUUGGAAAGUCGGCUCUACUUCACCGUUCUCCUUGGAGAUCCAGUGUCUGGAUUCGCCAAGCGCCCUACUGGACACCUCGGCUUUCGUUUCAGAUCAAUUCAAUUUCGAUAAUUUAGGCUCUUUAGAUAUUCCAAUUACCGAUACUCGGCAACCAAGUGAUAAGAUUGUGCAAACGGGCAUUAAUUUGAACGUUAAUGUCGGCAUUAAUACGCUUACUCCUAGUGUAAAUAAUGAUAAUUCUUCGUUUAACCUCAACCAUGUCGAUGGUAAAAGUGAUGCAACGAACACUGGUUCAGAUCGUAGGGCCAACAAUGAUAAGACUAUUGGUUGCUCUAAGUUUAACGUGUCAGAUUUGAACGCAAGUUCUAGUGCUCCUUCGUCCAAAUUCAGUACGUGUACCUUUGCUAGUCGUAAGUUCAAUAGUAUUAACCAAGCAUCCGAUGGACAGUUGAGGCCAAAUUCAGAUGCUGCAGUGAACAAUACCAACGGAAUCUUACCGCAAUAUGGUUAUGAGAAGUCCACUGGCAGAAUGAAAAAUAAUAAAAUGUCUUACGCUUUCCCAAGUGGUAUGGAGUAUACUAAUGCCACCCCUGGUAUCAGUCUUCAUACAUCCGCUCACACUCUUACGCUUAAUAGUCAUAGUGCCAACAUUUUCGAAAUUCCUAUAUCAAAUAACACAGAUUCUGUUUCAACUGACUCAGUAAAUUCUCAAUGUACAGACACUAGUGGAACAACUUCGAAUAACAAAAAUAAAACCAUAGUAAGGAAAAAUAACUUGGCAAUGGAGGUGACGUGAUGGUCAUCGAUGGGCCUGCAAUUUCAGAAUGAAAUUGCAGGAUGGUUGUCUUGCAUGGGUUAACUGUAAUCUGUAAUGUGCUUCAGGUUAUGUAUACCUGUCAAAUUGUUUCCAAAAGGGAUGACUUGGAUAUUACCAAUUGGCAAGAAUAGAUGAUUCCAUUAGCUAAAAUUACGAGAAUAUUUAUUUCUAUAUAUUGUGCUUCACCAAAUUAUAUUUAUAUAAUUUUAUGUUUUAAUAUACUAUACAGUCUGUGUUUUAAGCUUCUGGUCACAAAAUUUUAUUUCUUGACUUACAGGAUUAGUUCAGAGAUUUGUGUGGAUGUGUAGUUUUUCUUGAUAUUCAUUACAAUGGCAUCAGUGGACUCAUUUAUUGCACGUCUCUUCAUCUGUUCAUAGUUUUUUUAUCAUCAACAUUCAAAUAAUUAUGGUCAUUAGUUGAUCUUAUAAUUUAUGGAAACUUAUUGAAAUAAAAACAUUUGGUUUUCUCAUUUCCAACAAGAAUUUCCUAGCAAAAAUGUUACAUUCCAAAUAAUUUCGGAGUCAUCCAACUUUUCACAAUUAACUUUCAAAAAUCCUAAUAUCAAAAACUACUCAUAAAGAAAAAUUAAAGUAAACAGUAUUCUAACUUCACUAUUUCAAAUUCGUAUUCAUUUAAUGAUUAUUGCGAGAUAUCUCGGUUUAUUCAGUGAAAAACCAUUGAAUGAUUAUUAUCUCGCUGACGUUAUUAUCAUUCUUCGGAUAUCAGUGGUGAAAACUCGUAAGCACAUAUUCCCUGUUUCUAAAGUGCGACUGGGGAUUUGCAUCAUCAGUUUGUAAUUGCAUUGAUCAUUUUAAUUUUCGUCCUUGAAAUAUAUUUUAUUUUAAAUUAUUAAUUUUUACGUCUCCUACAAUAAUCCCAAAAAGAAUUUUUAAUUUCAAUUAAUGAAUCAUUUACGACUUGCAACCUGAGUUUCAUUUUCAAAAUUUCUUUAUGGCGAACGACUUCUGUGUUUUUUACAGAAUGCAUAGUCUACUUAAUAAAUUACUUUUUUGAGUGUCUCUCUCAGCAUAGGAAAAUGUAUAAUCGAGAGCUGACGUGCGCCGAUAUGCAUUGAUUAAAAAUUGCUUGAUUAAAUUUUUCUUUCUCUCAUUAGAAUGAGUUAUCAAUUUCAGUUACGAUUUGUGCAUGUUAUGAAUUUGAAUUGAAAUCAAAAUAGGAACUUUGAACGAAUGAAGACAGCUUGGUCAACCAAUAGUAAUCACCUUUACACUCUUGUUGUGUUCAAUUAAGUGAUUGUGAAAGAACUAGGCUUUCAGCUUUACAUAAUCAAUUGAUGUAAAGCAUUUGGAAUACCUGAUGCUAACAAAACAUACUUCUAAUGUUAGGAGUUGUAAUUUAUUUUUUGUAUAUUCAACAUUAUAUAAUUAUAUUUAGGUUAUAAUUUAGUCUUAAGAAUUCAUGAGGCUGUUAAUAUAUUAUUAGUAACUUAUUUACAUUUUGUAAUUCAAAUGUUUUGUGGAAUGUACUUACCUAAGGAAAAAUUUGAAAAAAAAAUUUGUAUAUUGGAAAAAUUUACUUUGAUAGCUUUUAAUUACGAAUAUUGUUAUUUUUGAGACGUCGUCAAAAAUAUCCUGAAAUAAACCAUUUUUAUUAUUCAAAAAUCUUGUACAUUUGUUUAUUUGGUCUCGUGAAAUUUCUUACUGUAUAAAAUUGUUGUUGGCACUUUGCAUCCAAUAUUGUUAAUAUUUUUCAGUAUGAAUUUUUUUGUGUAUAUUUUUCUGAAUAUAAUAAAUCGUUUACCACGUGUUGACAGAUCACUAGUAGACAAUUUCAUUUGGAAUUUCUUAAUCUGAUUCGAUAAUGAUUGUAUGUUUUAUAAACAUUUUAAAACAAGGCUGUUGAAAUAAAUAUUGGUAUAGUUA